ACCUCCCUCAUCACCACCUUGCCGAGUGCAGCAACACAACUUCUCUCUCGUCAAUUGUCUCCUUGGUUCUCUGCUCACAAAGCCUUGUUGACUAUUCCGUCAGAGCCUCGAGAAGCACGAAUCAGGCGCAUCUCUCCAUCGCCCUACCAUCACCCAAUCGUCACUCCCUCAAGCUGACCUCACUCUUGACUUACAUCAUGCCUUACGCGCCUCCGUGGCUCAACCUGAAGGGUUCUGCGAAGAAGAAGCAGGUCGCCAAAUCGCCUGAGGACAAGAUGCCUACCCCCGACAGCAAGCUGAGCCAGAGCGUCCACGUUUCUGGAAAGAAAAAGAAGAAGAGUAAGGGUAAGAAGAAGGCCAAGGCUCACAAGCUCCAGGAAGGCGAUCUGGCCGAUGGAGAACAGGCUUCGGAUGUGAGUGGCUUUGUCAAAGGCCAGAGCCCUACUCUUUCUACCAAGGAUGAGACCUUUGUCACUGUCGAGGAGAUUGAUCCUCAAGAGGAAGAGAUGGUCAGGAUCAAGAAGGAGCCUAUGAGCCCGACCCUGCCCAAGGCAACUGUUUUUCAGGAAGCAGUCGCACCCGAGGGCUCUGUCGCAGACGAGCAUUUUUCAACUCCUCUGCAGUCGCCAGUCCCCACAAAGUCCGAAUUGACCAAGGAGAACGCCCCGCUACGUUCUGAGAGUCGCGUCCCACUCCCGCGAUACCCUCCCUUUGAGCAUGCGAAAAGGUCCGCUUCACCCUCUCCGAGCUCCCAACUCCACGCCGAGAAUCCAACGGCCCUGAUGUCGCUGCUCAACAACAUCAACUCUAGAAAUGAGAAGAACAGCACUAUGAAGGCCAGGUCGCCACAGAAGUUCAAGUUAACUCCCGUCCCGAACUCGACUCUCGACCAGAACUUCCCUCCCACCUCGCCUCUCAACUCCAAGACUCCCGGCCCGAUGCCCAGGAUGAUGCAAUUUGACUCGUCCCCCAACCGCUUUUCGCCCUCCAAGUCGAACAAGUGCACCCCAGUCCCGUUGCCGACCACCAAGGGCUUCCCAGCUGCUCCCAAGCUCGGCACUCCGUUUAGAGCUGGGGCUGGAACGGAAGACGAUCCGCUCACUCCGGCUGACGUUGACGAGAUUCUGAACCGCGUGAUGUCAAAGAACGACAGCGGCGACGAGCACGGCGAUACUGUGAUGCACGAUGUGGAGGAGCAUGCCGCCGUCAGCCCUGCGGCCGGCAAAAGAGGCGUCGCUAAUGGUGAAGAGUCAGAUGUUGAGAUGACCACUAUCAUCAAGGAUGAGCAGCACGACGAUUCGGUCGCUGACGGUCCUGUGAAGAAGACCAAGAAGUCCAAGAAGGACAAGAAGCGGCGCCUUGAAGAGUCCAACGCCUUGGACGACGAUGAGUCCAUCACCGUCUCCGCCCCUAAGAAAGCGAAGAAAACCAAAAAGAAGAAGGCCAAGAAGAUCAGUGUUGAGCAGGAGCACGAGAUCACCAUGGAUCUUGAUGGCAUGACGCAAGUCGACGAUACCAUGCAAAUUGACGACACCACGCAAGUCGAGCUGGACAAGCAGCUCAAUGAAACCGAGCACGGCGGCGCUUCUGAGACUGUUUCGGCACCCAAGGAUGUGGAGGAGCUCACCGCUGAGCAUGAGGUCACGGAGAUCGUUGAUGAGCCGGCCUCUACCGUCAAAAAGAAGAAAGCCAAGAAGAGCCGUAAGGGCAAGAAGGCCCAAGCCGAGGUUGAGGAGCAUCAGGUCAUCGAGAUCGACGAGGAUGUCGCUCCCGUCAUCUAUGUUGCCGACACUGAGCAGCAGUCCACGGAGGCAGACCAGGCCACCAAUGCCGCUACUGCGACCGAGUUUUUGCCCGCAUCUGAAGCGAAAGUGACCAAGAAAGGACGCAAGGCAAAGGAGGUUACCACCGAACCGAAGCCUGAGGAGCCCGAGUUCGAGCAGGAGGACACCGCCGCAAUCACCGCCUCCAACGUCGCCGCUACCAUGACCACCAACCCCCUCCUCGCGAUUGCCAAACAAGUCGUCAAGUUUGACAACAAUCUCUCCUUCCACUCCGAGACCUUCCAAGGCGAACUAUUCACCAUCAAGCAGAACCUCGCCGCCUUGGAGCAGCGUAUCCAAGCGAACGAGCUCCGUGCCUCAAUCCGCCAGGACAUUCUGUUCAACGCGCUGAAGAAGGUUUCCAUCAAGCUCAGCGCCAGCUCUUCGCCCGCGAUCUCUGGCACAUCUCAGGCCGAUCAUCACAAUGACCGCAGCAACAGCCCCGAUUCUUCCCCGGCGUCUGCUCAUCGUGAUCGCCUAGCUCGUUCCGUCCGCGCUACGACUGUCGGUCCUAAUGGUUCGAUUCAUAGUGUGACGCCUAUUCCGCUUCCCAAGCUUGGGAAGAGGGCUUUCAGCAGCCACCAUCGUGAGACGCCGGCUUCGGGUGCGGGUGCUGGUGCUAAAGCUGCUGGUGCUGCUGGUACUUCUGGCGCUGCCAUUGCGGAGGCUCGCAAGAUUCAGGAUAAGUUGCUGAAAGGAUUUACUACGGAGAUGAAUGCUGCGAAGGAUAAGAAGACGGUGGAGAUCAAGGGCGCGUUGUGCGUUAAGUAUGCUGAUGAUUUGUUCAAGAUGCUUUGAGGGGGUUGGUUUAGGUUGGACUUUGUCCUGCGAGGGUGAGCUUUUGCUUGAUGGUUGGUUUGUCAUUUGUUGGAGUUGUGUGGAGAAUCGGAUAGCUGGAUGCGUGGAUGUUUGCAUGCAUGGAGUUCGUGUGGGCUUCCUUUGGAGUUCAUGAUACCCUGGUUGCUUUCAAGGCAUUUGCUUUUGUUUGCUGGCUUUGGUAAAGGGUUGGCGUAUCUGUGCCGGGUGGUUCAUAUGG